AUGAUGCUACUGCAGUAAGCUGGGCAGAGAUAGUUGUGAUUUGGACUGGGAUAGUAGCAGUGCAGGCAGGAAGAAGUGGGCAGAUUCCAAAUCUAUUUUGAAGAUCAAGACAAUGGGAUUUUUUGAUGGCUUACGUGUAGAGAAUUAGAAAAAGAAAAGGAGCCAGGGACGACUCUGCAGUUUGUGAACUUAACAACUCUGAGGUUCUGUAGGCUUGACCAGGGCCAAGGUGUUUGGUAAAUGAGGCAGAUGACAUGCUCUAGCAGAAAGAGUCCUGGCUGGCUUUGAGUUGAGAACUCUGACCUAGCCCCUGCUGGCUAUGUGCCCUUGGGUCAACAGUGAAAUGGGAAGAAUCUGAGUUUGAGGGAAGAUGCUGUCUUGCCUGGACUAGUUCUACCACUAGGUAGCUGUGACUUCCAACAGGACACUUUCCCUCUUGGGUCCCGAGUUUCCACAUCUGGAAGACAGAAAAGCUAGAUAAAGUUCCCUUUCUUCUGUUCUCUAUAUCCCCCAGAGUGCUUGGCACAUAGUAGGGGCUCAAGAAAUAAAGAGUGGCCAAAUGACUGGGUGAUCUUUUCUGGGUUGAUGUCUUUCAGGAGCACUGGACUUCCACCAUGACUGACACUGUGCUCAGCAACAGCUCCAACCGUUGGAUGUGUCCCAGUGACCGACCCCUUCAAUCAAAUGAUAAAGAACAGCUCCAGGCAGGCUGGUCCGUCCACCCCAGUGGCCAGCCUGACAGACAGAGGAAGCAGGAAGAGCUGACAGAUGAGGAGAAGGAAAUCAUCAAUAGGGUAAUUGCUCGAGCUGAGAAGAUGGAAGAGAUGGAGCAGGAGCGAAUCGGGCGCCUGGUGGACCGCCUGGAGAACAUGAGGAAGAAUGUGGCUGGGGAUGGGGUGAACCGCUGCAUACUGUGUGGAGAACAGCUGGGGAUGCUGGGCUCUGCCUGUGUCGUGUGUGAGGACUGUAAGAAGAACGUUUGCACCAAGUGCGGGGUGGAGACCUCCAACAACCGCCUGCAUCCUGUGUGGCUCUGCAGAAUCUGCAUCGAGCAGAGAGAGGUGUGGAAGCGUUCUGGAGCAUGGUUCUUCAAGGGCUUCCCCAAACAGGUCCUCCCACAGCCCAUGCCUAUAAAGAAGACCAAACCCCAGCAACCUGUCAGCGAGCCUGCAGCUCUUGAGCAGCCCACCCCUGAGCCCAAGCACACUGCCCGGGCUCUGGCUCGAGGUGACACUGAAGACAGGAGAGGCCCAGGUCAGAAGACAGGCCCUGACCUGGCCUCUGCUCCUGGGCGGGGAAGCUAUGGGCCUCCUGUACGCAGGGCCUCCGAGGCACGAAUGAGCUCAGCUGGCCGGGAUUCAGAGAGCUGGGACCACGGGCAUGGUGGGGCUGCCGGUGACUCCAGCCGGAGCCCAGCAGGUUUGAGACGGGCCAACUCAGCCCAGGCCUCCAGACCUGCCCCUGCCUCAGUGCAGAGCCCAGCGCCUCCUCAGCCUGGGCAGCCAGGACCUCCAGGAGGCAGCAAACCCGGCCCUGGGCCAGCAGGACGCUUUCCAGAUCAGAGACCAGAGGUGACGCCGAGUGACCCUGGCUAUCCUCGGGAGGAGAGAGCAGGGGCGGCUGGGGGGUACCCAGCAGUCGCCACCAGGGAGGACCGAGUGGGCCACCCCCCCGGCUCCUAUCCCCAAGCCGCUGCUGCUGUCCCUCUGCCUGCUGCAGUGCCUGCCCGCCAGCCUGCACCCCCGGAGGAAGAGGAGGAAGAAGCCAACAGCUACGAUUCGGAUGAAGCAACCACCCUGGGUACCCUGGAAUUCAGCCUUCACUACAACCAGGAUAACAGCUCUCUGCAGUGCACCAUUAUAAAGGCCAAGGGACUGAAGCCCAUGGAUUCCAAUGGCUUGGCCGAUCCCUACGUUAAGCUGCACCUCCUGCCGGGAGCCAGCAAGUCCAACAAGCUUCGUACAAAAACCCUGCGGAACACGCGGAACCCCGUCUGGAAUGAGACCCUCGUCUAUCAUGGCAUCACAGAUGAGGACAUGCAGAGGAAGACCCUCAGGAUCUCCGUCUGCGAUGAGGACAAAUUUGGCCACAAUGAGUUUAUCGGUGAGACCAGAUUCUCGCUCAAGAAGCUGAAGCCCAACCAGAGGAAGAAUUUCAAUAUCUGUCUGGAGCGGGUCAUCCCGAUAAAGCGUGCUGGGACCACCGGGUCAGCCCGAGGCAUGGCCCUGUAUGAGGAGGAGCAAGUGGAACGUAUUGGUGACAUCGAGGAACGUGGCAAGAUCCUGGUGUCCCUCAUGUACAGCACUCAGCAGGGAGGCCUUAUCGUGGGCAUCAUUCGCUGUGUCCACCUGGCUGCCAUGGAUGCCAAUGGCUACUCAGACCCGUUCGUCAAGCUCUGGCUGAAACCGGAUAUGGGAAAGAAGGCCAAACACAAGACUCAAAUUAAGAAGAAAACCUUGAACCCAGAAUUUAAUGAGGAGUUUUUCUAUGACAUCAAACACAGUGACCUGGCGAAGAAGUCACUGGACAUCUCUGUCUGGGACUAUGACAUUGGCAAAUCCAACGAUUACAUAGGAGGCUGCCACCUGGGCAUCUCAGCCAAGGGCGAGCGCUUAAAACACUGGUACGAGUGUCUGAAAAACAAGGACAAGAAAAUUGAGCGCUGGCACCAGCUCCAGAACGAGAACCACGUGUCAAGCGAUUAGGGUGAUGCCCAGGUCCCCGACUCCAUGCCCCCCAUG